CUUUGAGCUUUCAGUAAAACCUAUCUUCAAUGAUUUUAUGCAUUUCUGUUGUUUUAUUUUCCAUUCUUUAGUACUCUCAUUCUAUCCUAAUUUUUACACAUUUUCUGAGUACUUGUAUUGUUUCAAUUAGGAUGGAAAACUUUUUCAUACUUCUUACUGAUGAGUGGAUAGAACUUUGAUGUAUUAUAGAAAUCAAGGGAUCAUGGUGUUCUGAAUUUUUAAAGUUGAUUGUCUUGAAGGGAAAAAACUUAAUGUGCACCGGGUGUUUACACCAAAUCAAAGUAAAAUGCAUCACUACAUGAUUUAGUAAAGUUAAAUAAACAAUAAAUUUAAACAAAUGACAUGCAUGUAUUGGCUUUGUGUAAACACUUGAUGCAGGUAAGCUUACCCUGUCUUAACUGCUUUUGCGCAAAAUGUAAAUGGAAAAUUGUUAUUGAUGCGCCUAGACGGAUAAAAUAUGUUUUAACUUGAUUGUAAUUUUACUAAAUCAACUUUGUUAAUGAUGCUUUAAAAUUCCAGAGUUUUACUACUCUACAUAGUUUAUUUAAUAUUGAAGGUAGUAUGAAAAAAAUGUACUCCUUUGUUUGGAAUUGUUUGACCUUUUAAUUAUCUUUUGAGGUGAAUAUGAAUUUGAACAUGGUCAUACCUUAAUCUCCUCUUUUAACGCUGCUCUUUUCGUAUACAACUAACAUAAAACUCAAAAAAACAAAAAUAUGUAAAUUAGUUGAAACCAUUUUUCUAUUAAUCCAUUUAAGAUUUUUUUAUAUGCAUUGUCAUUAUCAAUGUCAAUGCUAAUAUCAAAAUCCCAAAUCUUAUCAACAGCAGCAAUUUUGCUGCUAUUUUCCAUUUUCAUUUCAUUUACAGAAGCAGUUGUCCCUCAAUUCGAUUGGGUCCAACAGGAAUUCCUUAAAUCACAUAAUGAUUUGAGGUCAAGCGUACAGUGGGACGCCAACUUAGCUGCGUUCUCCCAGUCAUGGGCGAACCAGCGCAAGCAGCAAUGCGAUUACAGGCACCACUCCACAAGCCCUUACGGAGAGAACAUAUUCUGGGAACUCUACAGGCAGAACACAGCAACUAGCAUUGUCCAGAAAUGGUUUGGAGAAAAGCAAUUCUUCAACCACGCGACGAAUCAAUGCAAUUGCCAACCUGAACGUGCAGGAUGUGAAUGUGGUCACUACUUAAACGUUGUAUGGAGAUCUACAACCAAAGUUGGAUGUAGUGGUUUUGUAUAUUGUGAUGAUCAAAAAGGCGCCAUUGUUGUUUGCUCCUAUGAUCCUAUUGGAAACGUAAAAGGCGUUAACCCUUUGAAUCCUGUUAACAAUAUGCGUGGUGUUGCACCACCAGUUUUACAGGUGAAUCUGCCUGUGGCGUUACCUGCCAAUGUACGUCUCACACCACCAGUUUUACCACCUAAACCGGUGAACACUGGAAAUGUGAGACGUGGUAGAGGAAGAAAACACAAUGUAGCUGUAAAAUCACCAGCUCCAUUGAGACGCCCAUCGAGUCCCCAGAAAGCUCAACGUGGGAGAGGUAGAAGAAAUAGUCAGGGUUUAAACAUAUCUGAUUUCAAUAUUGGAGCAUCGUCAUGAUUAAUGGCGAUGCUCCAACUUUAGAGGAGAUAUGAUCUCUAAUGUAACACAUUUUUGUGGUGAUCAGAAUGUAACAAUUGUUCUGCUUCUGUAAAUCAAAACACUGACAUGUGAUUGCCAUAUGAAAAAACUUAGUUUUCACUAGUAAAA